GUGACGUUAUAGGGGGCAGCGGCUCAGCCGUGCGCAUCUCGGAAGUAGCUGCAAAAAAAAAUAAUCAUAUGAUUCGGAAUAGUGUGUGAAAAGAAUAAAACGAUAGCUAACCUCUGGGAAUUGGUACACGGUUAUUCAUCGAACAGAAUGAUAUGUUAAUGUGCAACGUCCUUUGCCCCAGACAUGGAGGAGAUAAGGGUAUCUCCUGACUACAACUGGUUCAGAAGCACUGUUCCACUGAGGAGAAUAAUUGUGGAUGAUGAUGACAGCAAGGUUUGGUCUCUCUAUGAUGCUGGACCCAAAAGCAUCAGAUGCCCCAUCAUCUUCCUGCCACCAGUCAGCGGGACAGCUGAAGUGUUCUUUCAGCAGCUUCUGGCCCUGACAGGCUGGGGAUACAGGGUCAUCUCGGUGCAGUAUCCAGUUUACUGGGACCUGCUGGAAUUUUGUGAUGGUUUCAGGAAGCUACUCGAUCACUUGCAGCUAGACAAGGUCCACCUCUUUGGUGCUUCUUUAGGAGGUUUUUUGGCCCAGAAGUUUGCGGAGUGCACGCACAAAUCCCCCAGAGUGCACUCUCUUAUGCUGUGUAAUUCUUUUAGUGACACAUCCAUCUUUAACCAGACAUGGACAGCAAACAGUUUUUGGCUCAUGCCUGCCUUCAUGUUAAAGAAGAUUGUCCUUGGCAAUUUUGCAAAAGGGCCUGUUGAUCCAAAAAUGGCAGAUGCUAUUGAUUUCAUGGUUGAUCGGCUGGAGAGCCUGAACCAGAGUGAGCUGGCCUCCAGACUGACACUGAAUUGUCAGAAUUCCUAUGUGGAGCCACACAAAAUAAAAGAUGUCACCGUGACUAUUAUUGAUGUAUUUGAUCAGAGUGCGCUUUCACAUGAAGCAAAAGAGGAAAUGUAUAAACUCUAUCCAAAUGCCAGACGAGCUCAUCUGAAAACUGGAGGAAACUUCCCCUACCUUUGCAGAAGCGCCGAGGUCAAUCUUUACGUACAAAUUCACUUGCGGCAGUUUCACGGCACAAGGUAUGCAGCCAUUAACCCGGCCAUGGUCAGUGCAGAGGAGCUGGAGGUGCACAAGAUCAGCUUAGGCAACAGCACACGCAGCGAGGAAGACCAAUAGAUGAAGACCAUGGAUGAAGAUCCAUGUCCUCUCCCUGGUCUGGCUCAUACACAGAGCUGGUGGCACAUUUUCCUCGGCCCCAACAGACUCACAGAAUAUUUAAUACAGAUCUAAUCACUGUGGAGGGUUGGCAUUGUGAUGGGAGCGAGGCUUUGUGAACCCUAUAAUGUAUGUUAAAUGAUUGACCCCUACGAACCGGUCAUUGCUCCCUGCAGCAAAGUAUGAUCUGUUCAAAAUCAGUUUGACACACAAACAUUUCACAUCUACUUUGGGGUACAUAAAGCUUCCUGGUUCAAUCAAUAUUAAAAUAUUGACCAAUCAGCAUUUCAGAUGGAGAUCUUUUGGUCUCAAGGGUUUUUGUUUGUUUGUUUAUUUUUAUUAUUAUUUUUUACAAAGAUUUCUAAAUACAGUUAAAGGUACAAUAGGUAAUUUCACACUUCUAAUGGUCAAGAGAGAAAUUGCAGCAACAAACAAGCUCAAACCACAACACUGUUUAUCCCACCUCUUCUCUGUGAACGCGCUGAUGUUGAAACGCCAUUGGUUGUAGCAAUUAGAACCAAUUUUCAACCAUUGAGCUUCAAUUACUGUACAGUUAUACAAUGUUUUGGUACAGAGUGCCGACCCGUCAAAUGUAUAUUUUGAAACCCAAAUUUAAGGACUAUAAACGCAGACAGAGGGUGAGCCAACAUGUCAGUGAGCCUUUUUCAGUGAUAGGAAUGGAAUGGUCUUCAAUGUUUUUACACAAAAAUCUUACCUAUUGUACCUUUAACGCAAUAACUACAGAACAUAUUUCAGCAUAUUUUAGUAAUUGCUACUGUAAAUAAUUAUACAUUGGUUUUGUGGCUUUGUUUAAAAAAAGAAGGAAAAACUUACGUAUGAGGCCAUGUUUGUACCCUUUUGCCUUAUAAUUCUAAUCCUUCAUACUCAAUUGGACUUUGUACUCUGUCACUUAAGUCAUUGUUUCUUCCUGGUCUACAAGUUUUUAUUCCAGCACUUUGGUUGUGAGAAAUGAUUCCUGCACUGAUAAAUCCAGCUAAAUUAUCUCCUGAUGUUUCUAGGAGUAUGAGAUUGAGAAUUGUGUAUACAGAAUUGUUUUUUUGUUUUUUUUUGAGGAAAAUCAGUUUCACAGAUUUGAUUAAAAACUUGGAUAUCCACA